UUUUUUUCUGAUUUGGUUUUUUAUUCAUUUCUUUAUGUUAACGAUUUUAUAUUUGAUUGUUUAUUUUUAUAUUAAUUGAUUGAUUUUACUUCAAUUUAUUGAUUAAUCUACUAAUUGUCAUCUUAAUUUGGACCAUUUAGUGAACAGUUUUUGUUUGGUUACAUUAGAAAAAGAAAUAAAUUCUAUCUUCUCAUUUUCUUUUUCUUUUUCUUUUUCUUUUUACUUUUACUCUCUUACUUUCUCUUUGAUAAUCAAUGGCUUUUUCUUCUUCAUCUUCUUCUGUUCAUCAGUUUUCAUGGUAUUUUACUAGUUUUGUUAUUACCUGUGUAUGGUUUCUCUGUCUAGUAAAUAAUCAAGUCUCAUGUCGUAAAGGUAAAUUAAUCAAAUUGAAUGAAGAUAAUUGGGAUGAUUUGUUGACAGGUGAAUGGAUGGUUGAAUUUUAUGCUCCAUGGUGUCCAGCAUGUCAGUCAUUGGAACCUCAUUGGGAUUCAUUUUCAUCUUGGAGUGAUGAGCUUAAUAUUAAGGUUGGUAAUAUUGAUGUUACUGCCAAUCCUGGUUUAAGUGGUCGAUUCAUGGUUACAGCCUUACCAACUAUUUAUCAUGUUAAAGAUGGUCAAUUCCGUCAAUACAAAGGAUCUCGUGAGACUAACGCUUUUGUCGGAUUUGUAGAAGAAAAGAAAUGGCAAACAUUGGAAACCAUUUCCAAUUGGAAACAUCCAAGCUCAAUUCAGAUGUCUAUUGUUUCUCAGUUUUUUAAAAUUUCCAUGGCCUUGAGAGCUGUCCAUAAUCGUCUUGUUCAAGACUAUGGAAUCCCUUAUUGGGGCUCAUAUGUCCUUUUCGCCCUUGCGACUAUCCUUCUUGGUACAAUCUUAGGAUUGAUUAUUGUCUGUAUCAUUGAUAUUUUCUUACCAUUCAAACAACCACCAAUCGGUGCUGAUUGUCCGCGAACAAGAGAAAAAGAAGAUCUAAUUGAAGAUGUUCAAGGAGAUAAUUUAUCCGAAGAUGCAAAAGAAUUACGUAAAAGGAAAACCACACAAUCAACUGAAUCAACUGCUUCCUCGGAAUCAACUUCCUCUACUAAAGAGACAGAAUCUAAAAAAUCUGAUUAAACAGUUAAUUCUAAUUAAUCUAAACCACUCUCAUCUUAGUAUUAUAAUAAUAACAAAAAGAUAUAGAGUAUCAAUUGAUUUAAAAAGAAAUCACAAUUAAACGAAAAAAAAAGUAAACAAAUCAAUCUAAUUUAUCAAAAACAACAAC